AUGGCCAAGACUCCCAGGAAAAACCACACGCAUGGGGGGAAGAACUUGGAAUCCUUUAAAGCCACAACUGCCCGAACAAAGGGUCAAGGGCGAGGAAAGGGAAAAGGCAUGGUACCCGGUAAGGGAAAGAUUGGUGGCAAAGGUAAGAAGAACUAUAGAGCUGAAAGAAAGUUUAGCUUAGCUUCUGACGAGGAAUCAGACGACUCGUCAUCUAGUUUGUCUGACGUAUCUGAUAACAAUAGUAGGUAUGAUCUAGCAAGCAAUUUCCAUAAUGUUCCUGUGUUUGACUCUACUGACGAGUCUGACAACUCUAGCGACUCAGAUGUGCAUUCCAGUACGUCAGAGGAGAAGGAUGAAGAAUACUGGAAGGCGACCAACGCUGAAGUGAAUGCUAUACUGGGUUCAUCCUCUAGCGAUUCCUCCUCAGACGAAUCUUCUUCGUCUGACGGCGAAUUGGAUUAUGUUCAACUUACCAAAGAACACAAGGCUAGGAAAAACCUCAACAAUAAUGCCGUUCCCAAAUCCACAGAAAAUGAACACAAUAUGCCCGAUAUUAUAAAGAGCAAACAUACCAAGAUAACAAAGUCAGCGUCGUCAACGAAAAUAGAUAGACACAAUUUAAGUGAUGAAGAUCUUGGUGAGGAAGUCAAACCAACUCCCAAGCAAUCCAAUGGAGCAGAGCAAUUAGAGAAAUCUGUCGAUGAACCUUUCACUAUCGAAGUACCUAAAUUCAAAGAGGACGAAAUCAACUCCGACAAUGAUUAUGGCUUUGAAGAGGCGAAAUUAAUCCGAACUCUUCAAAAUGAUAACGACGAUCUGGAACUAAGAGUUAGACACACUGCACUAGAUAAUAACGAUGAUGAUGGAACAACUGGUGAAGACGACGACGAGAGGGAUUCUUACGUGUUCUUGGACGAAGAUUAUCUACUGAAGGAAGAAGCAGACGCCAUACUGAAGGAUUAUGAGAACUAUUCAUUUCCAAGGUCUCCUACACUGAAGGACAUAGAUACGAUUCAACCAAGAAGGGCUUCGUUUUUUGGGAAACAGAACGAUGAACUAGUAUUACUUUAUGAACCUUCAAACGAAAAGAAGAACCCUAAUCAGGGAAACUCUCGAGAUGUCUUUGAAAGUGAUGAAUUCCAAGAAGUUUUUGAUAAUUCCGAUGAUAGCAAAGAAAGUGACGGCCGUUCUUAUCGAGACGACGAUGAUUACGAGGAUGAUCCCGGUUUCGAUUACAAUGAUUUCAACCGAUCUGGUGAUGAGGACGAUGAAAACGAGCAAGAAACAAGAUUUGACGAUCCAUACUAUGCUGAUUUUCCAUUUUCCAGUCGAAACAACAUUCAAGCUGCCGUCGAAAGGGGAUCAGACCAAGAACAAGAUUCUGAUGAUGACUCCUACCUAUUUAAUUACUUUUUCAAAGGUGAAGGAGAUGCGUCCUCCUCAGAUGCUAUUGCUUCAGACGACGACGAACUAGAAGAUGACCAAAAAGUAGAUGACAACGAAAGCAGCAACUCCACUGAUGAAGAUGAAGCUCUUCCCAAAACAUCCAAUAAAAAAAUUGGUACCAAAAUUGCAAAAGAAGUUCUGGCAUCUUCCAAAGUGGAUCCUAUCCCUCCAGUGAUUGGAAUUUGGACCACCUCGGACUGUGGCAAACCCUUUGAGAUUAUUGAUGGGUUUUCAAUGCGAUCAGUAUCAGAGAACAAAGACAGUAUAAAGUCCAAACGGGUAGAACUUUCUGUGAAGGGUGCAAUUAGGGAUCGUACAAAACCAAAAGGGAAGCAGACUGGUUCUGUUCCUCUAUUGGACCUGGAUGAUUUACUCAAUAUAAGCGAAUCAGACAGCGACUCUAAGGCUUUUGCCAAUACACAGUUGAACAUAGUAACUCAGAGCAAUCAAACUGCUCCAAACGCAGGAUGGGCUUUUAUAGCUUCUUCUAUCAAUCCAAGCAAUGUGCCAUUAUCCGCUUUCCGAAACAAAGGUGUGGUUGCUGAAAAAGAUACCAACCAUUUAAGAAGAUAUUCCUCUUCUUUACAGCAUUUCAACAGCACUACUAGACGAUUGAGUAUGGCCAAGGAUGAUCGAGGACUCAAGGCGGGACAUUCUUUAAUACCAAAAAAGAGUAAGAAGAACAAGGUACUGGAACAGGAAGUUGUUAUGGCACCAGUAAAGUCCCUGAGAUUCAAAACAGGAUCUAAGAAAAAGAUAAAGAAGAGUGGCUUAUCUGUCGAAGCUGAUGUUAGUAAGAAACGGAUUCGAAGACAGAGUUUAGCAGAGGCGGCAGCAGAAGGAUUAGUUCCCACCAGAGGUGGUCUUUUUAACGAAGAUACGUUGAUAGAAGUGGAAGCGUUAUACGCCGAUAUUGGAAAGAUCGAUGAGCUGAGUGCCCUGCUAGGAAUAGAUCGUUAA